UCAGUUGAAUUAAAGUUUUUGAUAUAAAAUUAUUAAAGGGAGAAAUUUAAAAAAGAAGUUAAAAAACAUAAUAAAAAUAUUUUAUAACAGAAUAAUAAACUACAUUAUAAAAUAAUAUCUAUUAUAUCAAAUUAUAAUUAAAAGAAAAGAGAGAAACUAUUUGGUGCCUGGGAAAUUUAGCAUAAAGAAAAAACAAAAGAAUAUUUUUGUUGACUCAUCAAAGUCUUAUUUUGAAAGAAGCUUAACAAUUAUUUUGGAUAUUUUUUUUGUUUUCUUAAAACAUGGUUAAAUUAUAUGCUAUGAUUGUUUUUUAUAAAACUCCAACUGUGGCACGACCUUUAAAAUCCACAUAUGACUUACAGUCAUUUUCAUUUUUUCAACGCGGAGCCAUACAGGAAUUUAUGACGUUUGCUUCGCAGACAAUAGUGGAGAGAACUAAUCCAGCUACUCGUCAAUCAAUUAAGCAAGAUGCGUAUAUGUGUCACGUAUAUGUUCGGCAUGAUAACUUGGGAGGUGUGUUAAUCGCUGAUCAUGAAUAUCCUCAACGUGUUGCCCAUACAUUAAUUACAAAAGUUUUAGAUGAAUUUUCUGCAACAGUCAGCAGUGAUCAAUGGGAAAAUGGAAAUGAAACAAAUAUUAAUUUUACCUCAUUGCCUAAUUUUUUAGCAAAAUAUCAAGAUCCAAAGGAGGCUGAUGCAUUAACAAAAAUGCAAAAUGAUUUAGAUGAAACACAUAUUAUUUUGAAAGAUACGAUAGCUGCAGUUUUGAAUCGAGGUGAAAAACUUGAAGAUUUGGUAGUUAAAUCAGAAAAUUUAUCAGUUCAAAGUAAGGCAUUUUAUAAAACGGCUAAAAAGACGAAUUCCUGUUGUAGCUUUAGUUAAUUUAAUAAAAAAUAAAACAUAAUUAAAUAAUAUGAUUAUCUAUCAGAGGUCGAGAUUUUAAAAUUAAAUAUAUAACUUCAUAUUCUUAUCACAAUAUUAUAUUCAUGGUAUCGUUAUUAAGCGAGGAAAUAUAGGACAUAAAGAAUAAAAAGUUUUAUAGUACAUUUUUUUGAUGUUAAAUGUUUAUAUAUAUAAUAAAUAAAUACGUACAUUUUUUUUAAGGAGUUUUGUUAGAAACAUUGAUUUAAUUUUUAUGUAAUCACAGCUUCCUUUUUUUCACACAAUAAACAUUAUUUAUGUAUUUUAUUUUUAAGAAUUAGUUUGUUAUAUGUAAUACAUUAUAUAAAAUAACCAGUGAAAAUAGUUAAAAAAAGAAUGCAUACAUAUAAUAUUAAAUAACUGAACGGGUAAAUAAGUUUUGAAAAUAUUUUAUGAAAUUAUUUCUUUCGACUGAGCAUUAAAUAUUAUUUGUGAUAAGAAAUUAUUUAUUAUUGCUUUCAAUAUUAUAAUAUUUUAUAAUUUCGUUAUGCCAAUAUAUUAAAAAAAAAAUUUUGUACAAAGACAUAUUAUGAUAUAUGAAUAGCAGAAAAAAAAACCAAAUUAUCAGUUUAUGAAAAAUCUUGAUUACGGUCAAUUUUAUUAAUUUUAUCGAUUUUCAAUUAUUAAACGGAGAAUUAAAUCAUUAAUUUAAAAUUUAAAGAAUAUGUAAAGUUUACUUAAGAAAUAGGGGAUUUUUGAUAACUCAGAUAUGCACUUAAAGCUUUACCUUAAAUCUCAAAAAAAUAUUUUUCUUUACCUCAUUUCAGAUCUACAGGAACUAACUGAUUAACUUUUAAAGAUUUUUAUUAUUUCACAUUUUUCUAUGUAAUUUUUUUGAAACUUGAGAUAUUUUUGCAGAAUUCAAAAAAAAAAAUUAAAAAUGCUUUAGAAAUUUAAGUGCUACGAACUUUGAUUUUAUUUCUUUUGUAGUAAAGGUUUAUAAGGUUUUACCACAAUUGAAGAUUUUGCAGUUUUGUUUUAUCGAACUUGCUUUAAAUCAUGAUCUAAGUUAGAACUGAGUUUUCAAAAAUCCCCAUAUUCAUACACAUAAUCAAUAAAUACACUCAAGUAGAACCUGCUGGUUCUUUUUUAGAAAAGAAAAAAAAGACAAAAAUCUACAAUUUUUGUAUUAUAAAGAUUUAAAUUAAUUUAUUUUGUUUUUUUUUUGUUCGUUUAUUUUAUAAAAAUGAAUAAAAUUACAUUGUAAUUGUUAAUGUGUAAAAAUAGUAUUUGAAAAAAUUUCAUUAUUUGCUUCUAUCUUAUACAAAAAAAAAGAAAAAACAAAAUGCUAUACAUUAUCGGUGUAAAAAAAUAACCAUGUUGGAAUUAAAUAUAAUAACGUACAUUGUAAAUUUCAAUUUCAUGUUAAAAAUAUAAAAAACUUAUACAAAAUUCAUAAUUAUUAUAAACAUUACAUUACUCAAAAUAUAAAAAUAAAUAUAUAUAUAUAUAUAUGAAAUGUGUAUGUAUACCAAAUGUUAUUUAUACAAAAGAAAAAAAUAAAAAUCUUUGAAACGAAUUUAUUUUUUUAUGUAUCUACAUAUUAAUUUGAGAAUAUUAAAAACAAUUACUAUUCCUAUAUAGUUAUAGGGGAUUUUUGAUAAUUCAGACAUGUACUGAAUAGUUUCUAAAAAUUAUAUCUUAAAACGUCUUUCCCUACAUAUUUGCUAACAAUUCUACAGAAACUGAUUACUUCACUUUUGCAGAUUUGCAACAUGCUAGAUGUAAUUCUUUAAUAUCCAACAUUUUAAUAUAACAUUUAUAAUAUAAUAGUUUUUAAAAGAACAUUAAAAUUUCUUUAGAACUUUAAGCACAACCAAAAUGUCAUUUGCGAACAUGUUAUUUUUGUAGGUUUUACAAUUUGGAUUAAUCAAACAUGCUUUACAUCUAAGUUAGAACUUAAUUAUCGAAAAUCCCCUAGGUAUUCCUAUAUAUAAAGUUUUUUAAUCAUCAUUUAAAAUUAAUCAUUCCAAAAGAAAAAGAAAUUUAUUUUUACAUUGUGAACAUUUAUUUUUAAUUAAAAACUCUCAAUUAAAAGCUAUUAAAUUAUUUAUUAACUGAAUUUUAAAAUAAAGAGUAUGUAUGAGAAACAUCGAAAUAAAAAUUUGGUAUGUGUAGGUACCGGUUUUUCAGGGUUUUAAAUUAUCACGGAGUCCUUUUUUCCCUUAUUGUACAAUAAUCGAAAGAUAAGAUAGCUAUUCUAAACAAUAAUUAUUUUAUCAAAAGAUCUCUCACUAACACCUACAUGCAACAUAUAAUUGAAAUGAAAAUUUCUCCACCAAAAAAUUAAGUAAACAUGCUUUUU